AUGCAGUACUCCUUUAGUCUGACCACCUUUAGUCCUAGUGGGAAGCUGGUUCAAAUCGAGUAUGCGCUUGCAGCGGUGAACGGGGGCGCCACGAGUCUGGGGAUCAAGGCCAGCAAUGGGGUGGUCAUCGCCACGGAAAAGAAACUGCCCUCCACACUGGUGGACGAGGAAACGGUGAAGAAGAUAUCCCUGCUCACUCCCAAUCUCGGGGUGGCCUAUGCGGGCAUGGGGCCCGACUCCCGAGUCCUGGUCAGGAAGGCCAGGAAGGCAGGGCAGACCUACUACAGGCAGUACCACGAGCAGAUGCCUGUGGCGCAGCUGGUACGAGAGGUAGCGGCCGUCAUGCAGGAGUUCACACAGUCUGGAGGCGUGCGUCCCUUUGGCGUUUCCUUGCUCCUGGCUGGGGUGGACGAGAACGGCCCGCAGCUGUACCAAGUGGACCCCUCCGGCUCCUACUUUGCUUGGAAGGCGUCUGCCAUCGGCAAGAACGCCAUCAAUGCCCGCACAUUCUUGGAGAAGAGGUACAGCGAGGACAUCGAGCUGGAGGAUGCCAUCCACACCGCCCUGCUCACGCUCAAGGACGGCUUUGAGGGCGAGCUGACGGGAGAGACCGUGGAGGUGGGGAUCGUGGGUGAGGAUCGGGUCUUCCGCGUCCUCACCGCUGCCGAGGUGUCCGACUACCUCCAAGAAGUGGAGUAG